GAAACCGACGCCGGCUCGAGAGGCGUCACUGACAGUGACGGAAACACAUGAAAAUAGUGAAUCACUGCACUUUUGAACUAAACUACCGACAAAGGAAACUUUUUCCAGUUUGCUGAAAUCGCACAGACGAUGCUGUACCUAAAGAAAUACUUCACGGAGGGCCUUAUCCAGAUGGCCAUCCUGCUCAGCCUGUGUGGAGUCAGGGUGGACGUCGGUCUGGAGCCCUACCUGCCCGAUACCUGGCACGAAAUGAUUCUUGGUCCAACAUCAGCGCUGACUCAGACGCAGUUCCACAACUUGCGAAAUCGCCUGGAAGACGGCCAGGAUCUGCACCCCAAAAGUGUGGACCUGGAUGAGUUCUUCACAGCACGAAGGCUGCUGGGCUGGGUCCGCUCUCUGGACAGAAUACAGGUUCCUCACACAGAGCUGGAGACGUGGCUGGUUCAACAGGAGUCCAGUCCCCUCCCAGUGGGAUAUCCACACCAGCCUGCCCCACUGGACAGAGCUCCUAUGGAGGGGGGGGGCAGACCCAGAGUUGCCCUGCCUCUGGAACCCAGAGAUGGACUGGAUCUACUGGAAGAUGAUGAGGGCGAGGAGGACGGAGAGGAAGAGACACACCAUAUACCUAGUCGCAGUGGUGCUCUUGAUGAGAUAGGAGAGGAAGAGGAGGAUGAAGAAAACCUUCCUGGACUGCACAGGCAUUUCAGAAGGAGAGAGAGAGGAAGGAGACAAGAUGUUUCCUAUGAUCAAAUGAACAACAGGGAGCUGAUCCAGCAUGAAGUUGACCAGACCUCUGUUUCCCUCCAGGAGUGUUUGAGGCUGUUGGAUGAAACCUUUCCCUUCACAGAACAACAAGUACAGGGAUGUGAUGGCAGCAGCAGGGGGGGAGAUGUUGACUCUCCGGUAACAGGAAGGGAGCCCUUGCAAUCCCCCAUCAUCCCCUCAGAUACCCCCACCUUUGACCUGGGGCUCCAGUGGCAGGACCUGUUGCAUUUUAUGGAGCCUGAGAACACUGAUGUUGACAUGAUGACAUUCUUGGACCACGCUCUUGAAUCACCUGAGACCUUUCAGAGCGUGAAUUCUGAACCUCAGCAGCAAAACUACCAUGACAAUAGUGAAAUACAGGCCAAUCAGGACGUCCCUCUGAUGGACGCUCAUCUUCCACAUGGUUUGAUGGAAGCCAUGGUUCCCCUUAUGCCCAGUGCAGACUUGAAUGAACGAAGCUCAGACUUGGACAUUGGAGACACUUUGAAAAACCUUAAUAUGAAUAAUUCACACAGCCUUCCAUAUCACAUGGAUCUGCUUGAAGAAGAUCUUCAGGAAAACUUAGGCAUGGACCUUAAUGCCAAUCUUGUGGAUGACAUGGAAACCAGUCUGUACUCACAGUAUGCCUCCUACCCUGAGAACUUCUCUGGCUUUCAUGUGAAUCUUUCAACUGACUUCAGACCUUCCAUUUCAACCUCAUCCUUGGGGGGGGAUUCCUUGGCCUGUGACUUGACUUCUCCUGGUACCUUCCUGCUUGAUGAGGAAGAUGAAGUUGAUGGUGAAAAUGGCAUCCCUAACCCUCUUAAUGAUAUGUUAGUGGAUGCUUCCAUAUUGGAUGACAUUAGAUUGUUGGACUUGGCUCUGGAGGAAGGAUUCAGUCCGGAGAUUGCAGCCAGACUGGAAGAGGGUCACUAUGACCAUGAAAUACAUCAUCAUCCUGAGCAGAUCAGCCUGAACAUGGGCAACAAAGUGAAGGGUGAUAACGGACACUCAGGCUAUGGCAUGGGGCUCCCAGAAGAUCAACCAAUGAGCCAGCAAGAUGGUGAGGACGAGGCUGGCUCAGACUCUGGUCUUUCUCUGGACUUCAGUUACAGUCCGGCUUCUCCUUGUACUUCUGAAGCCUCCUCUUAUUCUUCUUCAUCCUCCUCAACAUCCACUUCAUCCUGUGCAGAGAGUCUCUUCUCUCAUGAUGAGGAAGGGCUGGUCGGAUCAGAUGUAGAAGUGGAGGUGAUGGUGAAGCAGGAGGAACAGGAGGAGGAGGUGAUGGGGGCAGUAGGAGGAGGCUACUACAACCAUGUGAAAAAAUUCUUCCCUCCCACCUAUGGGGAUAACAAACUUUUUAACGGCUUUCCUUGGUCAGAACAUAUCAGCCAUGAUCACACAUACAACCAGCCCUUGAAUGCUGCCUCCUCACCACGUCUGAGCAACGUUCCUCCCAAACACAUCAAAUCCUCCCCACGACAUGACAAACCUUUCCACCCAUCCACUUCCAAACACACGUCUGAGGCUAGAAUUUGGAGCCGAGACGAACGGAGAGCAAGAGCACUAAAGAUUCCCAUUUCCAAUGAAUUUAUAGUUAAUCUGCCUGUAGAGGAGUUUAAUGAGUUUCUGGCCAACCACCAUCUCAGUGAGGAACAGCUGAACCUCAUCAGGGACAUAAGACGGCGGGGGAAGAACAAGAUUGCUGCCCAGAACUGCAGGAAGAGAAAGAUGGAUGUGCUUCUGGGAUUAGAAGAUGAUGUGUCAGUGCUGAGGCGCCGGCGCUCACGGCUCCUCAGAGAGAAACAGGAAGCCUUAAGGACUCUCCAAGACUUAAAGCGCAGAUUGAGCACAUUGUACCAGGAGGUGUUCUCCAGACUCAGGGAUGAGGAGGGAAGGCCUCUGGAUGCAACUGAAUACCUGCUGAAUUUUGGACCAAAUGAUAGCAUCACUGUGGCUUCACAUCGACAAGGGUCAGGGCUUCCACUGACCGGGCAAAACAGCAAGAAACAGAAAGGAAAGAAGAAGUGAGGAGGUGAAUGAGGAAAGAAAGACUCACAGAAGUUGUAGUCAUGACGACAUGUGGAGAUUCCUGAACAGGAAAGGGAUAAAAACCACAAUAAAAAGCAGGAAGUACUGAUGCAGUGGUGAAAGAUGGAACAAAGGUGCAGAGACUAUUAACACCUAAAUGGACUUCCCUGGUAAUGAAGGUUUGAUCAGAGACUGAAAGUAAAGCAAUGGAUGACUUAAGAAAAUCACAGCAGAGGAAAGAAAGGAGAAGAAAGACAUGGCAAUGUAACACAGGAAAACCCUGUACUCAAGCACCCUCCAGUCUACAUGUUUAAGGCUCAACUUAAACUCCUGGGAAGGAAAAAUGAGGCUGCUACUGCUUCAGUUUAUGUUAAAUCACCAAAGAGCAGAUGAUGCACACAGUACAUCAUGAAGUGCUAGUUCAAAGCUGAGACACAAUAAUGCAAGGGCCAGACCUGAAUACUGGCUUUUCAGUAUUGAGAUUCACUUCUGUAUUCUUAAACUACCCUGCUCUUAACAGAAACAUCAGACUGUCCUUAUUGAUCUGAGCACUAAUUGAAACAGUGAAUUCAGGUUUUGAAGCAAUGGAGCCUAAAUUGCGGCACUUGAGAUUGUCCUGAAUCUUGAUUUCUUUUCUUCUUCUUGGAGACAUGGAUUGAUUAAGCUAAGAAACUGAUAACAGGCUGGAUCUUGGCUAUCAGCAAAGAGCUGCAGAAAGUAAAAUGACUUUAUACUAUCAAAAGACAGGGCUGCUGGAAGAUCAGAAACAGAACUAUGCCCACUGAAACAAGCAAAACAUUCAGGAUAUAUGGGUCAAACAUUGGUACAUCUAGUUCCAGAUUCUUAUGCACUGAUCUAUUGGCUGGAAAUAGUGUCCAUCACAAUUUACUAUUUAAAUGUUGAAUAUCAUCAGCCAGUGUAGGUGAAUCAGAUGAUGUUCCCUGAUGGCAGAUGGAUGCCAAUGUAUCUGUAUCCUGGUUCAGCUGGAUAGUGAUUAGUGUACCAGCAAUUAGCAACAGAAGAAUGUGAAAGCAGCCAAAAUUAUUUCAGUAAUUGCUAUUGGUUCAGAAUGUCUGGAUUGGGAUUGAGGUCUGUAUGAGCUGCAUAUAUCCUUAUCUGUUUGAUGGUGUGCUCCAGCAUUUGUGCACCAGAAUAAAGUGAAUGUGUGGUCCUAGGAAGAAGUAGGAAAGACUGUCAUCCCUGUGGACCCACAAUGUUCUUUGAGCACAAAAAACAGAUAUGAUGUUUGAAACUGUUGAAGAAAUCAUUCAAAUCUGUCCCAAAGUAUGCUGCAGUGGUGUGAUUUAUUGAAUAUAUGAGUGUAUAUGGUGGGUUUACAGGCAGAGUGGAUGUCUGAGAGUGUAAGCCCCCCCCCCCGACUUUGGGUGGGGGACAUACAGCAUUGAAUGUGAGAUACAUUCAUCAAACAAGGGUUGUAAAUGUGAGGGAUCACAGGCUGGACUGUGAGAUACAAUUAUAUUCAAAUCAAGGGUCAUAAACACAUUAAGAAGUGCACAGUAAGGUUAUAAACAUGUGAUAGAGGGGGCCGGGGCCACGGGACACUAAAAGGAUUAAAUAUAAAGGUACCUGUGGACUUAGACAUGAAGACAGACAGUCCAAAGACCUGUAUCAGGGAAACCAGCAGGGGAUGUUGUCAGAUCUACACAAAUAGAAGAAGUGAUUUGAACAAAGGGCAACAGUUACUGUGGGUUCGGUGUUAUUCUUCCUCAAAAUGAUGUUUUAACCCCUUAACGUUGACUGUCACAAAUUUACAUGAAACCGUUUCCAUAACAGAAUCAGCCAAGAUAUUGUAUGUUUUCAGGCAUAUUCGAUACGUACCUUGUCAGAACACGGAAAAUAAUUUUGUGGCACCAGUGAAACCAUCUCCGUCUCCUGAGACGAAAAUCUGUUUUAUUAUUUUUUCAUUACUAUUGACCAUUAUGCCUGUUGUCACAAAUUUGCAUCACACUCAAAUUUCUAUCUAUUUUGUGCGAUACUCAAAUUAAGAAUCUCCACUUAAUUUAGCAUCUACUUGAAAGCAAAAAAUUUUUUUUUUUUUACUAUAAUUAUAUAGAAAUUCAGGCGUUAAGGGAUUAAGCUCGCUAAGUCAAAAAAUAAAAAUCUAUGCAGCAAAUAUAAAUGUUUACCUAUGUAGUAAACAUGACAGAUUUACCUUUAAAAUCAGGUGACUAUGUCCCAGACUGUGGUGGCUUUGGUUCUUGUAUGUUAUACAAACCGAUGAUGCCAACAAGUAUUAAUUUCCAGGUACAGUUUUACUUUGGAAUACAUAUGUGUACAUGAUCUCAGAAAUGAGCACAGCCACAAAAUGCCACCAGUCAUACAGUAUGUGUUCAACAUGCUUAGUCACAUCACUGAAAAAAACACUGGAAUACAUGGAGAUUAGUUUUUAGGCCAAAAAAAAAAUGGAAUCUUUAUUUGAAGCUGAACUACUUUACUUUUUUGUAUGUUCCUUAUUUGUGUGGCUGAAAAAUGCUGUCAAAUGUUAAAUGUGUCUGAUUUGCUAUAACAGUGGAAUAAGCCGCAUGUCUUCCACAGCCACUGAUUGAACUGUUGUUUAAUGAUGCAUUUUUGUGGAAACCCAUUGUGCUUGCUGGUAUUCAAGACCAUGGGAACUUUUGGAAUAUAAAAUGAAUAAAAUAAGAAACUCA